AACACUAUAGAAGAAGGCAGCAUUGCUCUCUGAAUAGGUUUUUGUGUGAUAAGCUGUAAUGGGGUUCAGAGAAGUGCUUUUAUCAGGGUUUGUGCUUCUCCUCUCAGGUGGACAUGUUUGUGUUGCAACACAGAAAUGGUCAAAUACCAUUGAGACUGUGAACCAAACGCCGCAAGAACCUCAGACAGCAGAUCAUCAGUCAGACCUGACGGAGCAUGUAGAUCCAGAACUUUCUCCUGUCACAUACCGGCUCAAGAUCCACCAGCUCAGGAACUCUGCUGCCAGCAAACCACCUCAGCCUCUUUCUCCAAACCAGCAGAGCUCUGGAGCCACAGAGCUGACCCCGGAGCAGCUGGAGCCAGAGGUCCCAGAGCCAGUUGAGGAGGUUGUGGAGCUGCCGUUUAAAGGCCCCGAUCUGAACCCAGCUUUCAGACCACGAUCAAAGGGGCGGGCGCUUGUGAUAAAGCAGAGGGUGCCUGUGCCGGCCGACAGCAUCGCAGCGCGCUGUGGGGAAGGAGAGGUCACCGUAGAGGUCAAACAGAACUUCCUAGGAAACGGGCAGUUGAUCCGACCGAGUGAUCUGACCUUAGGGGGUUGCGCCGCAGUAGACGCCGCCCACCACAUCCUGCACUUCCAGACGGAGUUACAGGACUGUGGCAGCACAGUGACGAUUACCGAACACGCCCUCAUCUACUCCUUUUAUCUGCUGUACUCUCCAACACCUAUUAGCAACACCUUUAUAUUGAAAACCAACCCUGCUAAGGUGGUAAUUGAAUGCCACUAUCAGAGGAGACAUCGUGUGAGCAGCGCUGCCGUGAGGCCUACCUGGACGCUGUUCUCCGGCGCCGUGUUGGCAGAACAGCAGCUGCACCUCUCCCUGCGUCUCAUGACAGAGGACUGGCAGUCGCAGAGGCCUUCCAGCGUUCACAUCCUGAGUGACAUGAUGCACAUCGAGGCGGCGGUCCUCCAGGGUCACCACAUCCCUCUGAGGGUCUACGUGGACAACUGCGUGGCCACCGCGACCCCCGACCCCAACUCUCAGCCCAGCUACCCCUUCAUCAGCAACCAUGGGUGUUUGAGCGAUAUUGAGCCGGCAGGAGCCACGUCUUACUUCAUGCAGAGGAGCCAGGAGGAUAAACUUAAUUUCCAGCUGAAAGCCUUCAAGCUAGAUCACAGGAAUUCACUCUACAUCACAUGUCUCAUGAAGGCAACAAAAGUCUCCGUUCCCAUCGACUCGCAGCACAAAGCCUGUUCCUACCUGACUGAAGCGAACAGAUGGAUGGCAUCAGGUGGAGACAAUAAGGUGUGUGGCUGCUGUGAGAGCAGCUGCAGCGAGCCGAGGUGGAAACGAAGCCUUGCAGCAGAUGCAGGGCUGGUGCAGUGGGAGGGGGGGGUGGCUCUGGGCCCCGUCCUGCUGCAGGAGAACAUCCUGACCCAGAAGCUGACAGCGCUCCAAGUACACGAAGUGACUGGAGCAGCCUCCUAUACGUCCCUGGCCCUGCUGUGUGGGGUGGGGGCCGCGCUGGCUGUGGUGCUGCUGCUCCUCAUGGGUGCUAUCAUCUGCAGCAGACAAAACAAACCCUCUGGACACUUUGUUAGUACCUGAUUAAAAC